AAUGUAGACCCUCUUCAUCUUUAAUGGAUAUAUAUAUAUAUAUAUUAUACACAUGCUCAUCUCAUCCCCAUCCUCCUUCACUCAUUAGUCAUUACACAAAACAAUACAAGAGCUCUUUCAAGUGUGUACAUUUUUCUUAGGUACCAAGAGAUAUAUGGGAAAAGGUCGGGGUUUAACUGCUAGUCGGAGCGAAAGGUUUCUAGGAAGUCCUCAUCAGUCUGGUGACCGCCACGUGGACGUAGAAACCGCCGUUGAGCUGGAACUCAUGGAAGAGGAUGUCUGGUCAGUGCUCGAGCCUGAUCAACCAACAGAAGAGAGCGCUUGGACAGCACGCUCCCUCGAGGCUAGUGGCGGAGAACGGAGACACAACGGAGGAGGUCGUGCGAGUGGACGUAGAAAGAGACACGUGGCGACUUCUGCUCCGGUGAAAGUGCCUGACUGGAGCAAGAUCCUAAAGACGGAGUCCGUCGUCGGAUCAAUGCAUCAUAAUAAUAAUGAUGAUGCUGACGUGGCAGAUGAUGACUGGGAAAGUGGGAUGGGGCCACCUCAUGAAUACGUGGCUGCGCGUAGUCGUAACGGUGACGGUGGUUCUUCUGUGAUUUUGGGCGUGGGGAGGACGUUAAAGGGACGGGACAUGAGACGGGUCAGAGACGCCGUAUGGAGCCAAACCGGGUUCUAUGGUUAAUUUUACUUAAUUUAAUCUGAUCAGUAAUUACUCUUAGAUUAUAUAUUUAUGUCUAUACAAUAAUAUCACAAUGUAUUUUCGAUAUAUUAGUUUAACGUUAAUGAACGAGUAUAUUAUAUUCAGUAUGAAUCAAUUAUGAUCAUACGUAUCCAA